AUGACUGAAACCGCUUCCCUUUUCGAUACUGGUGGGUACAAUUACGAUGAUGUGGAGCCUCUUCCGAUUUCUGAUGAUCAAAGCGAUGGGCUGUGCCAAAUUCUGUAUGACGACGAGUACCGGCAAGUGAUGGGCAUUGCCAGGGCUCUUUUCAAGAAUCAGGAGGUCUCCGAUAGAGCUCUCCACGCAACUGCUGAGACGAUUGAGCUGGUUCCGGCGUUCUACACCAUGUGGAAUUACCGCUUCCAGAUCGUCAAACAGCUAUUUGGGACAGAUGAGGCCAAACUCAACGCAGAGCUCGAUUGGCUCGAUGAGUUCACUUUGAAUAACCCUAAGAAUUACCAGAUAUGGUCUUAUCGCCAGGCUCUGUUGGGUAUCCAUCCAAAUCCUGGAUUCCUUCGCGAACUACCCAUUUUACAAUCGAUGAUCGAUGAUGACACCAAAAAUUACCAUGUCUGGUCCUACCGUCGCUGGUGCGUGAACUUCUUUCAAGGAUUCGAGCACGAGUUGCCAUUCGCGUCCGCUCUAAUAUCGCGCGAUGUAUAUAACAACAGCGCUUGGUGUCAUCGAAUGUUCGUUCUUAAAUCCCAGUUCAAGUCACGGCCGCCAGCGGACCUCAUAACAACCGAACUUCAUUACACAAAGGCUAAAAUUGAGCUUGCGCCACAGAACAUCAGCUCGUGGAACUAUCUUCGCGGUCUUUAUUCGGAGUAUUUAGAAAAUACUUUUGAUCCCGAAAUUAUAGCUUUUGCAAGGAGUUUUGUUGCCGACGUUUUUGAGCUUCCACAAACGCCACCGCAAAUUUUAUCAUCAUAUGCUCUUGAAAUGCUUGCUUACAUUUACUCUCAAGACCUAGAAACCUUUGCUAAGGCUAGAUGUGCUUACAAGGCUUUAGCGAAUACCUAUGACCCUAUACGCAAGAAUUUUUGGGAUUUCAAAAUCCGUUCUCUGAAAGCCUGA